AUGUCACGGAAAACAGCAAGCUGCCAGAGCUCUCGGUUGCCUGUAGUAACUGUCGCAACCGCAAACUGCGCUGCUCCAGGGAAACACCCGCAUGUCAACACUGCCGCAAAACUGACGAGGCUCACAUGUCCGCCGCUAGAUCGCCUGGAAGAUUUUGUUCUCGACCGACUGGGAGACGAUACGCCAGACGAGUCCAAUCGACAAACACAGCCGGGUGCAGACGAGUCUACGGCAAGUUCUGUUCUGUCUGCACUGGCACGGGAACUUCAGAGAUUCAGCGACAAGCCGGCGACCGGGGCCGCUGAUCGCCCAGCUAAACGACAACGGUUGGACGACCGCAUCGGCCCUUCUCAUUCUUCGCCGCCGGAUGUUGAUCGCCGUUUAGUACUUGAUUUUCUCAAUCCGAACACGAUUGAAGAUGUUUUGCAGACAUACUUCAAGCAUAUACAUCCUUGGAUUCCUCUCGUACACGAGACCAGCUUGCGUCGGCGACUUCUCAACACAAAACACAGAUCAAAGCUUGACGUCUUGGUGCGAGCCAUGAUAUUAGUAUCGGGGAGAUAUAUACAGCGGCACGAGGCCGUAUCCGACAUCUCCCUGGCUAAUCUGACUACCGAGCAGGCCAGGAGUCUGAUUGUUUCGACUUCGAUGGAUUGCUUAAGCGUUGAAAAUCUCCAGGCACUCCCUUCAGAUUGGAAAUGGGCGGGGGUAAAGGCAUGGUCCCUAGUCGGAUCACUGACUCGGACUGUCGAAUAUUUGAAACUAACAGUCGAAGACGAGGAGUGCCGAGGUCAGAGCUGGGUCGAGGCAGAGGAGCGACGCCGUGUGUUCUGGAACGUGUUCAACUUCGACCGGUUUUGCUCCGUGGCAAUGGGCUGGAACACUAGCCUCACCUCGGACGAUGUGCACCGUCGUCUUCCUUGCGAUGGAGUCUAUUGGAGAAGAGAUAAACCCAAUGUUACAGCCUUUUUUGGCAUCUGGGACAAGUCAGCAGGGCGGAUGGGGAAUCCCAUCGCCUUUCCUCCGGCCCAUUACGUGUCUCCGCAAGGUACGGUGACCAAUGGCGCCCCUGAACAGAGUCCGAACGACGCCAGCGGCUCUGUUUCAUCGCCGGAAGAUCCCCUGAUGGAGGCUGUUGGGGCUUUCGCCUACCGCAUCGAAGCAACCGAGUCGCUGAGCCGAGUAAUGACUUACUUCCUACAGCAAAAGGUCGACAUGCACCAUCCAGAAAACGUCACCAGCUGGCUCACACGGUUCAAGGAACUCGACCUGCGCCUUGUUCACUGGAAGAUGCUCCUUCCAAAGAAGUGGAAAGCCGCCAACCCUACCAACACCACUGUCAGACCCCACGACACGGCCAAUCGGAACGGCCUACCUAGUGGCAGUGGAGAAGCAACGGAACUAGAGGUCGAUGCCAAACGCCAAACAGUAGUGAUGGACCCAAAUCUCACACUGGCACACAUCACUCACAAUGCUUCCAUGAUUCUCUUACAUCAACCUAUCGCGUUUCCACCCCACGACUGGACUUUCCGCAGCCGCCUGCCCAGCAGUUGCUCUGCAGAGACCUGUCAGCAGGCGGCUGUUGAAAUUGCCACUAUCACUGAACAAUACCUUAAAGUGUCUCCGGCAACGUUCCCUGUCUAUCCCCAGUUUUCAUUCUGCGUCUAUGUGGCAGCCCGACUCCUACUAGCCUACGGAACCUACUACGGUGGAGAAAGCACUGCUCUGUACUCCAGAUCGGAUGUUGAUGACAGGUUCUGGACGCUAGUCCGAAGCCUAGAUGAAAUGUCGCGUCGAUGGAACGGGAACGUGGUGGUGCCAGAGGCCACGACUUUGACCGAGGAUCUGGCGGCAAAAUACGCGUUAAAACUGAGAGAGAUGAACGAUAUGUGCAUGCAGGGCUUGGGCUACAGAAUAAGUGUCUUGGAUUACACGCAAGAUAUCGACCAUUGCAGCAGUAAGACCGACCCUAUUGCAGGAGAUCCAGUUCCUGUGUCAACUCCAAAUGGCUUGACUCAGCAACCAUAUCAACACCUGCAGGCACAGCCAGCGCACAACUUUCAAGGUGGUGGAAGGCCCGCGGAGAGCCAGCCAAAUGGUGACCCCAUCAAUGCGGCACCGGCCAUGGCGUUACCCUGGCCUUCAUCCCCACUACAGCUCCCUAGAAAUCCUAACGACCACCAUCAGACAAUGCACGGGAAAGAAACGUACUCUCCAGGGAGAGAUCAAGCGCCCUGCGACCUGAGUCCUAUUUCACAGGUGUUGCUGGGCCAUCAAUUUAUGGAUUUGGACCGGAUCAUCAGUUUCGACAACGGAAUGUUCAGUGCCAAUCUGGACCAAUCUUGGUGA